AUGGGUGCUGCCGAAAAUCGUAUGCUAACGGAGAAUCAAGAAAAAAAGAAACUACAACGUCGCUCAAAACGAGAAUCGGCAGUCCAGACAAAAGUAAAUUUACAAUCUCAGCCACUUAGCCUUUCUACAACGCGGGAAACACCGCUUUCUGUUCCAAAUAUUGAAGAAAAUCAGAGAAUUUAUAGUGACACUGUUAUACAAGAAGAUGAGUUUGAAAUAGACCAAUUGUCUGAUGUAUUAUCAAAUUUUUCAACUGAUGAUCUAGAUAAUUCUCACACUAAUGAUGAUAAUGAUGACAACGAUUUCAAAUCAAUGGACUUCGAACCUAUCCUCUCAAAUGAUGAUGAUGCGUCUGAAUUACAACAUUCUUCCCCUCCAUUGCAUCGUUUCACCAAACAGACGAUAGCAGAUGUUAAUCGAUCCCUUCUAACAAUAAUUCGGCGAGGGAGAAUCUCUAAAUCAACAGCCACUGAUCUCCUCAAAUUUAUAUCAUCUAUUCUUCCUCAACCCCACAAUCUUCCCUCUACAUUUGAUAAACUAUUUGCUUCAUUAGAUUGUUCAAAUCAGUUCACACAACAUGUUAAAUGUUCAUCAUGUUAUAGUGAGGUAGUAGAUGAGUGAAUAGUUUUAUUGAAGUAAAAGCCUCAAUUAACAGUAAUUACUCUGUUCUGUGGGCUUUGCUUACAAGUCCUUUUCAGCUCUAAUCCUGAGAAAAAGAUUGAUAUUAUUUACUUAAUUUUAUAAUUGUUUGAGCUGAUCACAAAGUUUCUACUUGUUUCAACUCAUUUUUCGUAGAAUAACUUUCUUCCAUCAGUCACAGCUUAUUUCAUCUAUUCAUAUAGAGAGUAGGCACACUGCACUUUUGUUCAUGGCUACUGAGCGGUUGAUAAAAAAAUCUCCAUCCUGUUUAGGAAAACUUUUUCUGGCGUAUGUUUUCUCUUUAGGAUUAAUCAACCAUUCUCUCGCAUCUGCAACAAAACUGACUCUUUCAUGAGCCUGUUCCCCACUCUCGAAUUUUUUUAUAUUUUUUCUUUCUAGGUUCUUGUACUAACACUGAUUGCAUAAAGGUUAACAUGUCUGACAACAACGAUAAUAUCAAAAUUUACAAUGGAAAUGUCAGUGAAUUACUGGAAAUUUUGGUUCAACGUAACAAAAACGAAAUCCUUUGGUUUCGUCAAAACCAAAAAGAAUUUUCUGAUGACAUUACAAACGGAACACGAUAUCGAAAUGUUCUACGUGGUCUAGGAAGAACAAAUUUUGUCUCUCUGUUAUUGCAUGUCGAUGGUUUACCUCAGAGUUGUAACCGGUCCGGUCCGGGCGUACCGGACCGGUGCCGUACCGGACCGGUUGAGUGAGUUGGACCGGCCGGUUUUCACCGGUUUUUACCGGUUGCACAAAGUUGAAUCUGAACGACAUUUCUCGGUGGCUGGACAAGUUGUUACAGAACAAAGAUCUCAACUGGAUCCGGAAUGUGUAGAGUCACUUGUUGUAUUAAAAGAAGCUUACUUGAACAAGAUAUGUCCAAUAUCGAAAUAAUAUCACUUAUUUUGUACAUAUGUGUUUCAUAUAGUUUGUGAGUUGAAUAUGUAAUAAUAUGAUUUUUGAUCUUACCAUUCAUUUGACUUUAUUACUUCUAUGUAUAGUAUACAUAGAAGUAUGCACGAGAAAAUGUAUGUAUACAUUGUAUAUAUACAUUUUCUCGCGUAAAUGUGAACGAAAUAACAAAAGAAAUGGAAAUUAAAUAUCGACUUUUGUGGGAUGGACCCUUAUCUCAUGCAGAAGAAACUCAAUCUUGAAAAUAUUGGUUGGUUUUUUCGUAUUAGAAUUCUAGUAUAUAUAUAUAGCAUAUAUAUGUAGCAUUACAGAAAAGACAUGCGUAAAAUCUGUAGGUAUUCAGAACAAAAUUUUGUCCCUAAUAUCAAUGUUAUUACUUGAAAAAACUUGAUGAACUCGCCGGUUUUUACCGGUCUGGAAAUACUUUUAGACCGGCCGGUGACUGGCCGGA